CGGGGAACAGCCACAUAUGCCUCUGUGAUUGGCUAACACUGGUGGGCGGACCCGAACGAGGGCGACUUCCGAUUGCUGAAGAGAGCCAAGAGCGGGGUUUGCGCCUUCCUCAGCCCCUCCCCCAGAGCAAAAUGCCUGUCCAGCCCCUGCCCAAAGAGAUGGAGGCCGAAGGAGACUCGACCGUGGAGAUGAACGGCGAAGAAGAGAGCGAAGACGAGCGCAGCGGCAGCCAGUCUGAAUCGGAAGAGGAGAGUUCAGAAAUGGACGACGAGGACUACGAGCGGCGGCGUUCAGAAUGCCUGGACGAGAUGUUGGACUUGGAGAAGGAGUUCUCUGAAGUCAAAGAGAAGCUUUUCAAGGAGCGUCUGAGUCAGGUGAAGGCUAAGCUGGAGGACGUGAUGUCGGGAAAAGCGGCAGAGUACCUUGACCCCCUAGGGGUCCUGCAGAACCAUAUGCAGAUACGGAUCGAGGUGGCCGGGAUCUACCGAGGUUUCUGCCUGGAGGUGAUUCACCACAAGCAUCGGUGCGAGCUGCAGGGAGCCCAGCAACACCUGGAGAGCGAGAAGCUGCUGCUGUUCGACACGCUUCAGGAACGCCUUUUGGAACGGAUCCAGCGCUUGGAGGACGACAGGCACAGUGUGGGCCUCACCUCAGAAUGGUGGGAUGACAAACUUCGACCAAAACACAGCUCAAAGGAAUGGGACCCGCUCCGGCCUGGCAAGAGGAAGAAAGUGCCGCUGGUGUCUGGUCCGUAUAUCGUCUACAUGUUGCACGACAUGGAUAUCAUGGAGGACUGGACGGCCAUCAAAAAGGCUAAAGCAGCGGUGUCCCCUCCGAAGAGGAAACUGGAAGGCCCAGUGAAGGCCGAGAAGCUGCCGUCCCCCACCCUGUUCUCUGCACACUGUGAAGACGGCCAGCUUCACUACGAAGGCGAGGCCUACGUCAAAGGGCAGAGCAUCUCCUUGCGAGUUGGGGACGAGGCACCUGUCCAGUGGCGUACAAACACGGUUCUCCUCCUCCCGAUUUUGUCCUCUCAACAACCCUGUCAGGGCUGUGAUCACCGCCAUCAGCACCGGAGAAGUUUGGCUCCGUAGGGAGGAUGGCAGUAAAACCAAAAUCUACAUCUCCCAACUUCAGAAGGGCAAAUAUUCUGUGCAGAAGGCCUAGCGCCCUGUGGUGGGACCACGGACUCUCGCUCUCCACGUCUUUUGGAACUGGCGCAGCUUCCAUCUCUCGGAAACCAAGGGGGGCCAGAGCAGCCUAUGACACACACCCCGCCCGCAUCCCCGUUUGCGCUGGGUGUGUGUGCAGAAACAGAGAAGCGCUUACCGUCAGGAGUAGCCCCUGCCGUUACCCUAUGACUAUACCAGCAUUGCCACAUCUGGUGAAUCGGGCCCUUGGCACAGAGCACACCCUCCCCAACCCCCUGCUGUUCCUGCUACAGUUUUGACUGUUUGCGCUGCGUCAGAGGGCAGGGUGUUGGCAUUGAAUAAAAACACCAAACUGAAA